CCCCACUUUUACAGCCAUGCGCGCCGCCUGGAAGUGUUCAUCAGCUGUUUAUGUCAAUACACACAAUAUGGUCGCAGAGUAGUUUAGUUGUUGUGAUACUAAAUAUCAAGGUCGCUCUUUGUGGUAGAAAGCAAACAUCCAGUUGCAGCUGAAGAUCAGAGCUACAAUUUUGUCCAGUAAUCGAAGGAAUCGCACGACAAGCAUCUGCAGAAAGUGAAGACAAACCCCAAAGCGACGCGAGAAAACAAAGGACAACAACCAGCUUUGAAACCAAACAAAACACACCAAGCUAUCCUCAUGACCAACGUAAACAAUGCGUCCUCCUCCAGCAACACCCCGCUUACUUAUUUUGUUAAUUUCAAUCAGGAUAGCACAUCUUUGGCAGUUGCGUGCAAAAAUGGUUUUAGGUUGUAUUCGCUGAAUUGCGCGGAUACCUUGGAUAUGAUCUACACAAAUAUUAAGGACGAUACGUGCUUAGUGGAGAGGUUAUUCAGUAGCAGUCUCAUGGCCAUAGUUUCGAUAACGGCGCCCAGGAAACUGAAGGUGUGUCAUUUCAAGAAGGGCUCGGAGAUUUGUAACUAUUCGUAUUCCAACACAAUCUUGUCUGUCAAAUUGAACAGGAUUAGAUUAGUGGUGUGCUUGGAGGAGAGCUUGUAUAUACAUAACAUAAGGGACAUGAAAGUGCUGCACACCAUAAGGGACACUCCACCAAAUCCAAAUGGUAUUUGUGCUCUUAGCAUCAACAGUGAUAACUGCUACCUUGCCUAUCCCGGCUCAAAUUAUAUUGGCGAGGUUCAGAUCUUCGAUGCAAUCAACUUGCAUGCGAAAACGAUGAUCCCUGCCCAUGAUAGUCCCUUAGCUGCAUUGGCAUUCAUACCUAGCGGCACAAGGAUCGCAACUGCUUCAGAAAAGGGCACGGUUAUCAGGGUAUUCUCUGUACUGGACGGCUCGAAGCUCUACGAGUUCCGUAGAGGAGUCAAGAGGUGCGUGGAGAUCAGCUGCUUGGCAUUUAGCACGUGCUCCAGGUAUUUGGCUUGCAGCAGCAACACGGAGACAGUUCACAUCUUCAAGCUUGAAGAACCGCAAGUCAGUCCUAGAAAGAGCGUAGAUGCUAGUUGGAUGGGCUACUUAUCUACUUACUUACCCACCCAAGUCACGGACGUGUUCACCCAGGGUAGGGCAUGCAUGACCGCUCACCUCCCCUUCUCAGGCGUAAGGAACGACGUUGCCGUAACAACCAUCCAGAACCAAUUGAGGCUUCUCGUGGCUACGGAAGAGGGCUUCCUAUACAUCUACAACAUGGAUGGACCGGAGGGUACCGAGCUUACCCUUUAUAAGCAAUUCAGUCUGGAUGGCGUCGCCAAUAAUGCGGACGGCACUCGACCUGAGCCCCAGUUCUUAAUGGAAAAUGAAGGCUCGACAAUACUAGGUAGCUACGCGGGCAUCGUGAAAGGUCAUCCACCGGGUCAAAUGUCAGGUACUGAGUCGGACAAGUUCCGAGAGAUGGCUGUUGCCACCGAGUCUCCACCCAAGGACGGGUUCCAGUUCACCGACGAUCAAGAGUAUCCUCCCCUCACGCAGAACUCCGACUGAGACUUGGACCUGGACUAUCCGGACAGGCGUUACCAACUGAUGUGGUUCUCAAUCUUUCUCAUUCACAUUUUAGUUAGGAUAAGCGAGGAUAUCAUACUGUAUCUACUUAAUAUGGAUUAAGCCACGUGGAAUCCACAUAACAAACAAACAAAAAAAAAAUGACAAAAUAAUGAAUAAAGGACAAAAAAAAAAACGAGAUUCGGGCGAGCGCGGAUUUAGUUACAUCGUGGUGAAACGCAGUGUGAGCUUCUUCGUGUGCUCUUAAUCAUUUAAAUGAAUUAUUUUCUUUAUGUCUUUUAUAUCUAUAAACAAAACCAUAAAAUUUAUAGUUACAUAAAUGCAAGGCGGUGAUUAAUUAAUUAAGAUUUUUUUGUUUCUAUUUCAGCCUUUAGGCUGUGUUAAGCUUUAGUUGUUACGUGUAUUUAUUGAAUAUUGUAGAUUAAUUACUUUAAAUGUUGAUUAAACGUGUAACAACAAACAAAAAAAAUACUACAAAAGAAAGCGCUGAGAUGAAAAUGCCAAAAAAAAAAUAAUUAUAAUGAAUUAACUAGGCUUUCGUUCAAUUGAUAUUAAGAUUGGAUGUAAACGUUAUUUUACCUUUAUUUUUACAGGAGAGAAAAUGUAUAAGAAAAAGCGUGACAAACAUAUAUUUUAUAUAAAUAUAAUAUUGUAUCGUGCUUAGGUACUCUUUUUUUUUUGUAAAGAUGAUGUUUAUUGUAUACAAUUAUAACAUAAGAUUCGAGGAAAUGUGCAUAUAAUAUUACCGUUGCUGUUGUAAAACGAAUCAGUGUCAAACCACCAGCUUGGCUAGGUUUUAUUCUUUAAGAUUUUUGAUUUCUGUUGAAGACAUAUCGGGCCUCCAAAGAAGCCAAUUUUUGUUUUGUCGAUGUUAAUUUAUAUUUGUUUGCGCGAGGAGUGUGUCUCUGUGUGUGUGUAUGCCUCUGAGCUUUUUGUUGUACAUAAUUUCAGUUGCGAAGUGUCCUUUUCUUUAUUACCACGCGACGCAGAAAGUCUAAAUAAAUACACUAAAUAAUAUGCAAUAAUUGCAAUAUUAUUGAUGAAAUAUAGGUGAAAUUUAUUUAUAAGUAAGUUGUAUUUGUGUUAGAUGCGAAGGUGGAAAUUUUGUUGAUUUAAUUAUUAUUAUUAUAAAUGUAACAUUUUUGGUUUCCAAAAUUCGGUUUUACAUAGUUUAUCUCUUUGUUUUUUUUUGUUGUGAAAUAGAUGAAACAAUAAAUUUAGUUAUUUUUUAGUUCA